AAAAGAUAUUAAAUUAUGGGUGUUAGAGUGACAUAUAGAAGAAGAACAUCAUACAACACAAGAUCUAAUAAAAUUAGAAAGGUUAAGACACCAGGUAUAUUGAUAUGAGUAUCAUAUAGGCGGUAAUGUUGUUGUCCAAUAUCCAAAUAAAAAGACAAGUGCAUCAACCUGUGCUGACUCAAAUUUGAAUGUGGUUCUUAAUGGGCUUAAAAGAAUUAGACCAACUAAGCUUAAGCAACUUUCAAGAAGACAAAGAACAGUUUCAAGACCAUAUGGUGGUGUUUUAAGUGCUGGUGCUUUAAAAAACAGAAUAAUUAGAGCAUUUUUGGUUGAAGAAGUGAAAAUUGUCAAAUAAAUCAAAAAAUGAUACAUAUAUGUUGUAUGUUUUAGUACAUUAAAUACACAAUACAUG